GGCGAUCAGUACACCAGGCAAUAAUCCUCCUCACCCAAGAGCUGCUCCCCGCAAAAUCACAUCUCACGAGUCACACACAGCCCGCGGUUUUGAUGGAAGGCUGAUGAAUCGAUGGCAUCUCUUGCAAGGCCGAUGCAAGACAUGGUCCAAGUACAGCUCGAGCAAAUUAACUAUUCCUUCUUUCUCUCUUUCUCUCAGAUACUACGAAACGCCAACAGCUCUGUCUCUCGCGAUAGCAGCAGCGUCGACACUGGAGCCCGUACCUGCAUGUCAUACCGUGUCAGCACAGCCUGCCAUUGAUGCAUUUCUUGCUUCACACUCGUCCCCACAUCCAUUGUUACUUUUCGCUGCUUCUCACCCUCCAGACUUUCGUCCCUUCUCCUGGUCCAUGCUCUGGCGAUCCUCACAGCUGAGCCCACUCUGGAAGUGCGGGCAUACACCCGCAAGCCCGGAUGCAAUGUAUCUGCACCAAGCAACUGAUGCUACUGCCGAGACAACCUCAAGAAUGAAAACAAAAUGAAAGUUGCAUUGGAAGGAAUCCAUGGGAUUUGCUAUUGCUCAGCAAAGGGAUUUUGCGUCUGAAGACGCUUCCUCAUCCUUCUCGGCCCGCCCAGACCGGCCCGCUUAGCAGAGUCAACCGCGCGCAAGAACUGCCCCCAUGUCCUCCAAUGUGGU